CAAAGGAUUCCUUAUAUGGUGUCAGGAACAGCUGCUGCUUAAGCACUUUUGGCAGUUGUUGCAAGCGAAAUAUUCGCACAUUGCAAGGAUCAGUGUGACGCUGAUUCUUCAUUGUCUGAAUUUGCCCCUGGGAGCUGAAGUGAUGCACCAGAUCCUGGUGGAAACGUUUCAUUCGGAGUCCUGGCAUGAUAGAUUCACUGGAGUGGAAAAGGUGAUGGUGCUUGGACAAUACCUUGAAAGUAGGUCUGUGAAAACCAGUGGAUCGCCGGUGUUUUCCUCUCUGGCGACUGCAUUCUGCUUUGCUGUAGCAUGUCUAGAGGACGUAAACCACCACGUUGCCUAUCGGGCUGCCAUGUGCUUGGAUCUGCUGACAGAUACUGGAUUGAAACUUUUAUGUAGGUGUCUUGAGCUGCAGUUUGACACCGUGGUAGUGGAUAGGCCGAUCAUCCUUCAAAGCCUUCGCAAAGUGUCCAAUUGCCUGCGAAAUCGUCCAGUGUUGUCCUGGGAGUUCUUCUUGGCUAGAUUUGACGCACUGUUUCUGGAGGCUCAGGUUCAGAUGGACAAGACAUCGUCCAGCUUGCCCUUCCCAAGAGACUUGAGAAACAACAACCUGGAUAGCAAGGUCUUGCAGAGGAAGCUGAGCAGGGCCCAUGAAGCUGUGAGCUCCAUUGACCAAGGGUCAUCGAAUACCCUCGGGAAACUGACAUUGUCCUCGACCCUGGGGCUCAAGUGGCCCUACAAAAGAACCAUGUCUGCCCCGGCGUCGAUUGGUGGCGACACUGUCAGUUCGGGUCAAGCUUUUAAUCCGGAUGUAACAUGGGACCACUCUCGAAAGCGAUCAAGAGUUUGGAGCAGGCAAAGUUCAGCACCGAUGAUGAUCAAGAGGAAGAGUUCCAAGUUUUGGCCAACGCAUUUACUCGGUGGAGCAAAUAAUGUUCACGCUGGAUCAAAGGCUGCUGAAGAGGUCAGCACAGCCAUCCUGAUUCAUCAGAAUCUGGAGUCCGAAGACACGGACAGAGAGACCUUACAUCUGCUCAUCUCCUUGCUGAUGCACUUCAUGGCCAACUUGGCGAAGCCGGUGGCUGCGGAUGACAGACCGAAGCUGAAGGUGCAGAACAUAGUCAUCCAGCACCUGAGCAUCCUGCUGGGAUAUCUGCCUGUUGAAAAGACAUUCGUUGUUCCUCCCUUGAAGAUCCGGUUCUCUCCGAUGUUCAAUGCUUUCCUGAGCAGUUUACCAGAUGUUCUGGAUAGGAAUGUGAAAGUUGGAAACUUGCUGGCGCCAAAUCUUCUGGCAAUUCUGAUUUAUUGCCCGUCUCCUCAAAAAGCACCUGGUGAAAGGUACCCACCGAAUUAUUCCUUGUGGUUGGUGGACCCACCUCUGAGACACUCCUGGCUUGUGUCGUCAUUGAUAUUUUUGUACAAGUACCAUUAUAACGUGGAGCACUUGUCAACGCAAGUGCAAGUAUUGAUCAGACUAGUGCUGAACACCAUCCAGUCACAGAGUCACAAGUGCAGAAGUCUGCCCGCUGCAGCACUUAUCCAGCAAAGCCAGCUUUCUAUGAACCCGAGCCCAUCUGCUGAGUCUCUGGGUGGGUUGGAGUUCGGUCCGCAUACCUAUCAAAAAGAUGGACAGACGCCUCCGAUUACUCCAAAACCGCCGCCAGGGAUCUUGGCGGCAAAGACAAGUCAUGCGCUUCACCAACAUUUGGGUCACACCAAUCAGCAUGCAUCCACUGCUCAAGGAGACAUCGAAACCGGAUCAGUGGCUGCUAUCCAACAGCAUCAUAAUCGGUCAGCCAUAAGCCGGGCGCAUGGGCACCCUGUCGGACAAUCCCAUGGACAGCAUUCUUCUGUGAAACAUUUUGUCUCAGCAUCCAUGCCUACUGAAGCCGCUGUACAGGAUUAUGGUUGUGCCGAACCCGAGCUUGCAGUCAUUCCCGAGAGCCCGAAGUCUGAUGACGAUGAUGACGAAGAGGACUCAACGUCCCAACAAACUUCCGAGCUUUUGGACCUGGUGGUGCCCCUAAAAGAGCAGGAUGCUGUUGCUUCUAUCCAUUCCGAUGAUCCCGGUGUUGCCGAAGCAAAGCUGCUGGUGUCCCAGGUGAAGACUUGCAGACCUCCUUGUACAGCUAGGGUAUCCUUUGAAGAACCUGCGUCUGGACCAGCAACGAAGACUCCGUCCGCUUUGCCGUCACCUUACGGACAUUACGGAAGGGUGUUCGAUCCCCAUCCGCGUUUGCACUGGAAAAUUUCAGAUAAUGCUGAGCAAGCACGUGCGGAGGUGUUGGAAAGAUUAGCAUGUACGCAUGAGUUACCAGAAGUCACCCGGGUCAAAGUUAUGGAACCCCCUGUGGUAAUUUCCAGUACGUCCAGUGAGACCAGCGAAGUGUUGCAGUAUCCAGCUCAGGAGAGAUUGUUGCCCAUUGGCAGUCCUAAAGUUGCCAGCAGGUUGCUGCAUUUUGAUACCACGGGAAUAGACUCCUCGUCCAGAGAUGAAGACUCCUCAGUGCAUGGUGGCAGUUAUGAGGCCUCAAUGUCAGAAGACACUCCUCAGUUGUCCGAGGAUGUGUUCCCGCCAGAAAUACCUGCUCCAGAGCGCUUGUUACCUGUUGGACUCUCGUCAAGGGCAGCUAUUGUCCAGAAACCCUUGAUCAUGGAAGCCAGUGAUGCGGUUGUGGUUCAGCAGAAUUCGCCAAACUCGACCGGCAGCAGCUCAGGUAAAAAGAACUUCGGCAGACAAAUGAGUCUGGGGAAGUGGGAAGGCAAGACCAUGCCUGAGAUGGACGCUCUUGAUGAAAAACCUCACUCAGUAAUGGAAACAAUCGAGAACAAAAAAUCGGAAUCCAAGCCGAAGCCGGAAGAAGAAAAGAUCCCGGAGGAGGAGGACGAAGAUGAUGACGUGAGUGGAGCUGUGACUCUUGGAGGUUAUCUGCCCAUCAGAAGAGCAGCCCCGAAGAUUAUCGACUGUGGAGGAGUGGUUGCGAGGUGCAGCAAAUGUGGGCUACCCUUGGAACACUUUUCGGAUGAGGACCUGGCUUUGGCAGUUUUGGUUCUGACUACAUUCAUCAGGCGUGAACCAGCGCUAGCGGCUCCCAACCUACCGGAGAUCAUUGUUACCAUUGCGAGUUUGGCCUCAAAUCCUCAAUAUCCAUGGCAAGUGGAAGGCAACACUCACAUUCCAGGAAGCGCGCUUUCUGUUGCACGGCAAGCAUUGCGUUGCAUCUUCGCCCAAAUGGCCCCGAACAACGUUUUCCCUCAGCUUUUCCAGUCCUUCACCUCAGAGGCGCAAAGACCGAAGUUCUUCAAGACGGUGUCCCAAGUAUUGGGUGACUAUGCCGACAUGAAUCCAGCGUCGCCAUUGCAGUUCAUGCUCGAGCAAUAUGGCGGCAAGAGACCUCUCCCAAUGAACUCGUUGAACACCGUUUUGGCAAACAUGGCGGUUUAUCUGGAAGUCGUUCCGUCCGAAGCUUUGGCGAUCUCGGGGUCCAAUUUAGUGCAGGCCAUGGAAGUUUUCUUCAGGAAACUGGUUCUAAUCAUGUCCAGCAUCACCCAUUUUAGGGCGUUGUUGAGCAUCAUUGCGUCUGUCCUGAAACUGCCUGCUGUUGCAUCCUACAAAGGACUCUUGGAGCCUUUUGGAAAAGUCGUUGGUUAUUGUUUGAUCACUGGUGCUAUAAGUUUCCCUAUGCUGACUCAAAUUUGCCACUGGUGUAACAGAGCAUUCUCAAGGGAAAGGGACAAGCUUUACAUGACGAGAUUGGCAGUGGUGGAAUUGUGCUCUGUGCUGAGGUUCAAAUCGACUGCCCCCGAAAGGAGUGUGUUGAUGAUGACGCAAUUAGUGUUGUCGGACUGCGGGGCAGGGUAUCUCCCUCUGGGUGAUGAGCACCUGGCAGCUAACAUCAUAUCUCCCUUGGGAGUUGAUAGAGAGUGUUCCUGCAGAACCUGUUGGGUGGAAGAUUGCAAAGAGGAUCCCUUGAACCCCGUGAGCACUUGUGCCGCGGACUGCAUGCGAGCUCAUCUGAGUGAGAUCAUCGACUACAUCGCUGACGCGCACACUAUCUCAAAAGUAAAGAGCGCUUUCGAGGCCCAUCAUAGUCCGAAUAAGGACAAGCUCGGAGGAGUGCUGAAGGGGGGUUUGGCGCAGUUCUUGGCUCAAGAGAUGUACAGGAAUGGUGCAGGAGUGCCGUCAAGGGAGAACAAGGUCAUCGUUCGGUUCCUGCCUUGGUUGACGAACCCUCCACCUCUGGUUCAACAAGGCCCCAGGGAGUUCGUGGAGAGUGUUGCGCACAUCAGGCUGCUGUCAUGGCUGCUGCUUGGAGCGUUGCAUCAUUUAGGAGGAGCACCUUCGUCUGGAUUCGUUGGAGCUGUUCAUGGAGGAGCAUCCUGUCAACCGCUGUCAUUUGAUGCGUCCAACCACAUAGCGGAUCACAUUCAGGGGAUCUUGGCGGGGUUUCCUGAACAGUCAAAGGCAUCCGUGAUCCACAUGAGUGCCUUGUUUCAUGUGUUCAUCCUGUGUCAGUUAUGGACAGUAUACGUGGAGCAAUUAGUGAGGGCCAUGAGUGGCCCAGGGAGCAGUGGGGAUGCCGAGUCUAGGUCUCUUUUGACCGACUUUUGGGCGAAAGUGACCCCAGCCAUCCUGAGCUUGGUCUCACACUCCAAAGUGGUGAGUGAAGCUGAGCCACCAAUGUUAGAGGGUGUUUGUUUUGUGGGUGCUGAUUAACCCUGAUUAUUCUUUUCGUGGAAUCCUGAAACCCUGCAGGAAGUGGAGGAGCAGGUACUCUUUGGUGUCAUAUUUGGUUACGCUCUUUGGCAAACCCACUGUGUCUGCUCACUGUUGAAUGUUUAGACCAAGCAUGUGACCCUCCAUUGGAUUGGAUACCCCCUUGAUCGAUGUUCCUUGCGUGGUAGUUCCCUGGAUGUGGAAAUCUGUGUAAGCAUAGUUCUCGUUAGCAGCUUCAAAAGGGGGCAACCAGAAGUGCACUGCACUGCAACCUCUUGAGUGGAUUCCUUGGGUGUCAUAGAUAGAUUGGGUUAAAGGCACAUUAGUGGAUGUGUUGCACUUUAUAACAGACAGGGGUUGCCGUAAAGCAGGUUCUUUGUGGUGGGUUUUCAGAUGGCUGAGAUGGUUACACCUCACUUUUUGAACCUCAUGGAGUCCCUGUUCGAGUGUCAGUCUUCUACGGUUGGGGGUUUGAUGCCGCUCUGGGUUCCAGUCCUGUACUCGCACUCGAGUCAAUUACCAGGCCAUUUGCAAGUAAGGAUGCAGACAUUACUGAGCUGGCAACCGGCUAUGGACAAGGAUGACGAGAGAUGUCCGUCAUCUCAGAUCCUGCUCUCAAAAUGGCUAGCCAAGUUGCAGCUGAAGAUGGCCCAGCUGGAAAGGGAAUGCUCUGCAGCUUCUCAGAUAUACUCAGCCUAAGGAAUAUUUAUAGUUUUAAUCAAGCAAUCAUACACAUUAUAUCAAAUUGCGUGAAUUAUGAGCAAAUACAUUUACAAUAUUGCAACUGUUCCAUACACAA